AGGAGGUCCAAGGAGUUGGUAAGAACAGAAGCAAAAUUUGAAAGCUCAGAUUGCACAGCUGACAAGUGAAGGAAGCUUGAUAUUUAAUACAAGGAUUAAAAAUAUUGAUAUUAUUUAUUUAGAACAGGAGUUUGUUUUGAAUGCCAGAAGAAAAGAAUGUUCUUGCAGUGCUCCAAAGUACAGAACAGGUUUGGUUCGAGCGGUGCUUGUUUUCUAUCUCACAUGAUCCAAAAUGAAGAAACUAUUUGGCAUUUGAGGUCUCUCUUCCUCCCCUUUGACUGAUCUCAAGAAGUGAUUACGAAGACGUUUAUUCCAAACACUACAUCCUGAAGCUUCAGCCAUGGUGGAUAAUAAUGCACCUUCAAUGGACAGUGACAAUGAAGAUUUCUAUGCAAAGAACUUCUCAUACUUUUUUAACUUCAAUUACAGCGAUUAUGAGCAUACCGAGGAUGAAGACGUAACCAAAACUAGGACUUUCUACGCUGCAAAGAUAGUGAUAGGGGUAGCUCUUGCUUGCAUAAUGCUGAUUUGUGGCAUUGGGAACUUUAUUUUCAUUGCAGCUCUUGCCCGAUACAAGAAAUUGAGAAAUUUAACCAACUUGCUCAUCGCCAAUUUGGCAAUUUCGGAUUUUAUUGUAGCCAUUGUAUGUUGUCCCUUUGAACUGGACUAUUACGUUGUGAAGCAGCUAUCAUGGGAGCAUGGUCAUGUCCUAUGUGCUUCUGUAAAUUAUUUAAGAACAGUUUCUCUCUAUGUGUCAACAAAUGCUUUACUCGCUAUAGCUGUGGACAGAUAUCUGGCAAUUGUUCACCCACUGAAGCCUCGAAUGAACUACCAGACUGCCUCUUUCCUCAUUGCUUUGGUUUGGAUAAUCUCUUUACUGGUUGCCAUCCCAUCUGCUUAUUUUGCUACAGAGUCAGUACUUUUUAUUGUGAAAAAACAAGAAAAGAUUUUCUGUGGUCAGAUCUGGCCAGUAGAUCAGCAGAUAUAUUAUAAGUCGUACUUCCUCUUCAUUUUUGGCCUUGAGUUUGUUGGCCCGGUUGUAACAAUGACACUAUGUUAUGCCAGGAUCUCAAGAGAACUUUGGUUUAAGACAGUUCCUGGCUUUCAGACCGAGCAAAUCCGUAAACGCCUGAGGUGUCGCAGGAAGACCGUCUUAGUGCUGAUGUGCAUCCUUACUGCUUAUGUUCUCUGUUGGGCUCCAUUUUACGGAUUUGCCAUUGUUAGGGACUUUUUCCCAACUGUGUUCGUGAAGGAGAAGCACUACCUUUCAGCUUUUUACAUUGUAGAGUGUAUUGCAAUGAGCAACAGUAUGAUCAACACCAUGUGUUUUGUGACUGUAAAAAAUAAUACCAUGAAAUAUUUUAAAAAAAUCAUGCUACUUAGAUGGAAGUCAACUUAUAAUGGAAGUAAGUGUAGUGGAGAACUAGAUGUGAAGAGUAGCGCAAUGCCUAUCACCGAAGAGGUAGAUUGUAUUCGACUAAAAUAAAAGGGAGUUUUGUACCAUGAAUCACACAUGUUAUA